AUGGCGACUAUUAUGGUGAAGAUCAAAGAAAUCGAAGAUGAGAUGGCAAAGACACAGAAGAAUAAAGCCACCGCGCAUCAUCUCGGUUUGUUAAAGGCGAAACUUGCUAAGCUAAGGAGGGAGCUUCUUGCACCACCUACCAAAGGUGGAGGUGGCGCUGGCGAAGGUUUUGAUGUGACUAAAAGUGGAGAUUCUAGAGUCGGGCUUGUUGGCUUUCCUUCGGUUGGAAAAUCCACGCUCUUGAACAAGCUUACCGGAACAUUUUCUGAGGUUGCUUCUUAUGAGUUCACAACAUUGACAUGCAUUCCUGGAGUUAUUACAUACCGUGGAGCUAAAAUCCAGUUAUUAGAUCUUCCUGGUAUUAUUGAGGGUGCCAAGGACGGAAAAGGUAGAGGAAGACAGGUUAUUAGUACUGCUAGGACUUGCAACUGUAUCAUUAUAGUUCUCGAUGCCAUAAAGCCAAUAACUCACAAGCGUCUCAUUGAAAAAGAGCUCGAAGGAUUCGGAAUAAGGUUGAACAAGGAGCCACCUAACCUUACAUUCAGGAAAAAGGACAAAGGUGGUAUCAAUCUAACUUCUACAGUCACAUGCACACACCUUGACCUCGACACCGUCAAGGCGAUCUGCAGUGAGUACAGGAUGCACAACGCUGACAUCACUCUGCGCUACGAUGCAACCGCUGAUGACCUCAUUGAUGUCAUCGAGGGUAGUCGGAUCUAUAUGCCCUGUAUCUACGCUGUCAACAAGAUCGAUCAGAUCUCACUUGAGGAGCUUGAAAUUUUGGACAAACUUCCUCAUUACUGUCCUGUCAGUGCGCAUCUGGAGUGGAAUCUUGACGGUCUUCUUGAUAAGAUUUGGGAGUACUUGGACCUAACUCGAAUCUACACCAAACCGAAGGCUAUGAAUCCAGAUUAUGAUGAUCCUGUUAUCUUAUCUUCCAAGAAGAGAACAGUUGAGGACUUCUGCAUCAGGAUUCACAAAGACAUGCUUAAACAAUUCAAGUAUGCUUUAGUCUGGGGUUCAAGUGCCAAACACAAGCCACAGAGAGUUGGAAGGGAACACGAGCUCGAGGACGAGGAUGUUGUUCAAAUUGUUAAAAAGAUAUGA